AAUAAUAAUAAUAAUAAUUGUUAUUAUUCAGUGAAGUGUUUACAGACGUUUUGCUGCUUUAUGUGUCUGUAGUGUGUCAGGCUGUCUGAUCACAGAGGAAGGCUGUACUUCACUAGCUUCAGCUCUCAGCUCCAACCCCUCCCAUCUGAGAGAGCUCGACCUGAGCUACAACCAUCCAGGAGACUCAGGAAUGAAGCUGCUGUCGAGUGGGCUGAAGGAUCCACGCUGGAGACUGGACACUCUCAGGGUGGAGCCUGCUGGAGUCAAAUGGUUGACACCAGGUCUGAGGAAGUAUUCCUGUCAACUCAUAAUCGACACAAACACUGUAAACAGAAAACUCCAACUGUCUGAAAACAACAGGAAGGUGACAGGUGUGGACGAAGUUCAUUCAUAUCCGGAUCAUCCAGACAGAUUUGAUAUCCGCCCAGAGUUGCUGUGUAAAAAUGGUUUGACUGGUCGCUAUUACUGGGAGGUUGACUGGAGAGGAAACGUUCAUAUAUCAGUGAGUUACAGAGGAAUUGGAAGGAAAGGAGACAGUACAGAUUGUUUGUUUGGAUUUAAUGAGCAGUCCUGGAGUCUGAGGUGCUCUGAUGAUGGUCCUCGUCAUAUCUGGCAUAAUAACAAAUCAAAGUCCAUCUCCUCCUCCCCUUCCGUCUCUAACAGAGUAGCAGUGUAUGUGGACUGGCCUGCUGGCACUCUGUCCUACUACAUAGUCUCCUCUCACACUCUGAUCCACCUCCACACCUUCAACACCACAUUCACUGAACCUCUUUAUCCUGGUUUUUAUGUUUGGCCUGGUGCUUCAGUGUCUUUUUGCCAAGUUGAGUGUAAAGAGUGUCCCCCUGUUAGAGAAACACUCUGACGGUUGAACAGAUAGUUCAGUCUGUACAUGUCUGUCUCUUUUACUCAGAAACAUGUUUUCAGAUUCACGGAUUCAAUCAGUUGAUGUUUUAAACUGUUCUAAAUGAUUCCUUGUAAACUUUUUCCUCUUCAGUCCUUUAAAGAUGGAAGCUACGAUUAUGUUGUUUUUCUGUCUUUAUCAACUCAAAGCUUUACAGUGAAUAUUAGUACAAUGUUUGUUCCUGAAGCUUAGUUUACAACCAGCAACAAGUCUGAGCUCGUGAAAAUGUUUGAUUUCUCUUUCUUAGUGUGAUUUUUUCCACACUGUCCACGUGCUCUUACUGUUUCAAUCAUUUUUGAAAAUGUUUCAGACAUAAGGGGAAAGUAUUGGCUAAGUAAUUUUUAAUGGGGUUUUGACCAUAAUAUGUUUGUAUUAAGUGGCAUGCAUUAUAAUAACAUAUCUAAUACAUUGCAAAGACUGCAUUAACUUAUUGAAACUAGUCUUGCCUUUUUCUCAAAGACAUAUCAAGGUAGAAUUUGGUACACUAUGUAGGUAACGGCUUGAUUAUAAUAUUUAUAUAAAUAUAUAAAUAUGCCUGUAUAGAAUUGGAUAUGUUGUGUAUCUGUUUAGUUUGUGAUAGUUUUCAAGUUUGAUACAAAGUUCAAAGUUCUGGUGGUGAAUCUGGUGUAAUUUGGUGAUAGACAUUAGGUUUUUGGGGGGUGGGGGGGUUGUAAUAAAACAUUGCAUCAAAAAUGAAGAGGAAUUGAUGACAGAUGUUUUGUUUUUUUUUUCCCAUAAAGGAAAGUUUCCUCUCUAAAGAGCCUUUUAAGCUACCUUCUGCCUGUACAGAUCACUGAGUUUACCAGGUGAUAUUUGAUGUAAUUCCUGUUUUUGAUGAUUUCAUUAAUCUCUAUCAUAUGUUGCUGUUUGAUUUUGAAUCCAAGCUUUUUGAAAAUACCAGUUUAUAGCGGUCUCUAUUGCAGCAACAGCAGAACAGAGUGGUUUGAAGGGUACAGUCCCAGAUCUGACUAAACAUUCCUGUAGUGGGUCUUACUUACUUUUGUGUUGACGAUUCAUUUUACACUAUGUAUGAUUUCAAAGAUCUAUAUUUGAAUUGAAUUUAUUCAGCUUUUUUGACAGGCGGCCAUACUGAGACCUGGGACGCCAUCUAGUUUUCACUGAAAGAUGAAAAGGUUCAAACAGCUUACAGUUUAAUCACAUGAGUUUAGUUCGAUUGCUUUGACUUAAACCCUGACACAUUUGAUUCAUCAGAAUGAAAUACUGAGACCGAAUCAUUUUAACGCUAAUAGCCCCUUGUCAAUUACCUAGUUGGAUUGACUCUGCACAGUCGCCACAAUUUUCACAGUUUUCCAUUAGGUUCUUGUACCUUGUGAAAGAUCCACAACAGACCCGUCCACAUACUCCUGCUUUUGAGCAUACUUUCAGUAACUGCAGUCGCUGUUACACAAAACUCGGCUAUAGCUCUGCAUCUCACGGCCGGGCACAUACCAACAACCACCCCAGGACCUAAUUAAGAAUUUUUAUGGUGGUGAGGCAUUAUUGUGGACGUCCGUCCAAGUGCGUCUGCCUCCCUCACAGGUGUGCCUCAGACCAUGCCCCUCCACAUACCUGGUGCAAGGUACUUUUUUUUUUUUUUUUUUUAAGACCGAGAAGGUACUGAAAUGUGACAUUGUCAGACUGCAUGCCACCGAAUGGCUGGUCAGUAGCAUCACUGGAUAAGUCAUGAAAGCAAUUCAUUCACAAAAAUCAAAACAAACAUUUUUGAAACCUGGCAACAAGGGAAAUGUCUACAAAAAUUAUGCAUAUUAAUUACGUUGCAGGACCCUCUGAUGCGCAGAGGAUGUAGAGACUUUAAUGCUCAUAGCACACUCUGGGGAGAAGAAAGUGUGUUUCAGCAAAUACUUUUUCCUCCCUCUGAUUGCAUACAUGCGGCUGUUUCAGCUGCUCAGUAAUUUAGUAAUUCAGACUCAUGUCUAAAAUCUAUGUCUGUGAAGGUUCUCAGUCAUCCAGGUCAUCGUAGUCAAAGGAGCUUGCAAAGAAAAGCGUCUGGACUUGAAGACGUUUCACCUCUCACCCGAGA